AUGUCUAAGAGACGGUUGUUUCGCUGGCCUGCCCCUCGAACGGUGUGUUUAGGAUGUUUGGCACUAGUUUUCACCACUCUGGUGACUAUGUUCUUAUACAUGAGCGAGCCGUUGGACAUCCAACCCGAGCCUGAGCCCGUCAACAACCAAGUCUUUCGCCAAUUAUCCGAGAUCACAAACACCUACACGAAUGCAAGUGAAGUUGGACUGGUGCUAGCAGCCACGCAAAGAGAGGACCUUAACUGGCUCCUCAAUUAUUGCCGGGAUCACGGAACAAUCCCUUUCAUUUAUACCACAGAUACCCCUCCCGCCCCUUACCUUCUCGUCCCUGAGACAACUCGCGGUCGCGAGGCCACCGCCUAUCUAUCCUAUCUGGUAGACUACUACGACCAACUCCCAAAGUACACCAUCUUCAUCCACUCCAACGUUGACCAGUGGCACAACGACCUCUUCGGCCCGCGCACCAGCUCGGUGCUGCCCCAUCUCCGUCUCGAAGCCGUCGACGCGCAAGGAUAUGUCAAUCUCCGCUGCGAGCAUAACCCUGGUUGCCCGACGAGCGUCAACCCAUGGGACCCGACGCAGAUUGACAUCGAAAAAGACGACAUCCGCGCGUACUUCCCCCAGGUCUACCAGACUCUCUUCAAUGUUGGCCCGGAGAAGGUUCCCCAGCAUAUCGGCAAUGUCUGCUGCGGACAGUUCGCCGUGAGCCGGGAACGGAUCCUCCAGCGACCGCGACACGAUUACGAGCGGAUGCUUAAGUGGGCGGCGGAGACGGAGUUGACGGAUAGUUUUGGCGUCGGGUGGGUGUUUGAGAAGGUGUGGCAUGUUGUUUUCGGCAUGAAGGACAUAUAUUGUCCUCGUUAUGAACAGUGCCGAUGCGAUGCAUACGGAUGGUGCGGGCCGUUGCCGUCGGGCGAAACACUGCAGGCAGUGCGAGCCCCGCGGUCCAAGGGAAUUUCGACCUGAGUAGAUGAUUGUUAAUGUUGAUGUAUACUACCAUGGAUAUACACUGGUUACGAGUUUAGCACCUAAUUGAUGUU